AUGUUCCACUAUCUAUGGCUCCUGCUGGGACUGCGAUCCCUGGCAAUGGGUGCACUGCAUCCGCCGCAGCCGGAAGUUGUGACACCUCUGGUUGCAGCUGCCCUGGAAAUUCUGGCCGACCAGGUCAGCCCAUCGCAGAGCACACUGGCCGUGAUGGAUCUAACGCAGGAUGCCGAGCACCGGGAUCACCGCCAGGAGCAGCUAAUGACCAUUAUGCUCAGAACGUUGGGAUCAGAGAUGGCUCUGAGAACGUUCCAGAAGCCACCCGCCGAAGUUCCAGCCAAGUAUGUGGUGUUUCUGGUCAAUUCCGCCCAGGCCUUUAACACACUUGGCUUUCACUUCACGGACAUCCACUCCACGCGGGAAUUCAACUUCCUCAUCCUGCUGACGCGUCGCAUGUCCUCACGAGCCGAGCGACUUCAGGUGCUGCGGGAUAUAUCCAGGACCUGCGUUCGAUUUCACACUUCCAACGUUAUUUUGCUGACCGAGAAGAAAGCCGGUGUGGUCCUGGUCUACGCCUAUCGCCUAUUUAAUAUGGACUGCGAUCUCAGUGUCAGUCUGGAGCUGAUAGAUGUGUAUGAGAAUGGAUUAUUUCGGCAUGGCCACCAGGCCAGGUCCUUCAACCGCGGCCUGAGUCUCUCCGGCUGUCCACUGCAGGUCAGUUGGUAUCCAUUGGCGCCAUACGUGUCCUUCAUCGGCAACUCGAGUGACGCCGAGGAGCGGGCACAGACCUGGCGACUAACUGGCAUCGAUGGCGAGCUUAUCAAACUGCUGGCGGAGAUCUUCCACUUUCGCAUUCUGCUCGAGGAGCCGUGCGAUAAGUGCCUGUCCCCCGACAUCAAAGACGAUUGCAGUGGCUGCUUCGACCAGGUGAUAUGCAGCAACUCGUCCAUACUGAUCGGCGCCAUGAGUGGUUCGCAUCAGCAUCGAUCGCGCUUCUCCUUCACGAGCUCCUACCAUCAGAGCUCCAUGGUCUUUGUCAUGCACAUGAGCUCUCAGUUUGGAGCGGUGGCCCAAUUGGCGGUGCCGUUUUCCAUCAUCGUUUGGCUGGCACUGGUGGUUUCCAGUGUGCUGCUAGUUCUCGUGAUCUGGAUGCGGCAUCGACUCGUUUGCGGACAAACUGAUUUGGCCAGGCAUGCCCUGCAGGUGCUCACCACGCUAAUUGGAAAUCCCCUGGAGGCAAGCAGCCUGCCCAGGAGUGGACGUGUGCGCAUCUUUUAUGCGGGCUGGUUGCUCUUGGUCCUGGUCCUGCGAGUCGUCUACCAGGGCAAGCUGUUCGACUCCUUUCGAUUGCCCUACCACAAGCCCCUGCCCACCGAAAUAUCGGACUUGAUUCGGGCCAACUACACACUCAUUAAUCAGGAGUAUCUGGACUAUUAUCCGCGCGAGUUGACUGUGCUCACCAGAAACGGAUCCAAAGAUCGUUUCGAUUAUAUCCAAGGACUGGGCAAGGAGGGCAAAUUUACGACUACCUCGUUGAUCGCACCCAUGGCGUCGUACAACAUGAUGCACUGGAGCACCAGUCGAUUGACCCACAUCAAGGAGCACAUCUUCCUCUACCAAAUGGUCAUCUACUUGCGUCGCCAUUCGCUGCUAAAGUUCCCCUUCGAUCGGAAAAUCAAACAGCUCCUGUCGGCCGGUAUCAUUGGAUAUAUGGUGCGCGAAUUCGAUGCCAGUCAGUACAGGAAGCCCUUUGAGGAGGACUACGAGGUGUCACCCAUUCCCUUGGACUCCUUCUGCGGUCUUUACUAUGUAUCGGCGAUUUGGCUGUCCGCCGCUGUGGUUGCCUUUAUCCUGGAGCUUCUCAGUCAGCGGAUUAGCUGGUUGAGGAGGAUCUUUGAGUAG